AUGUCUCUAGACAGCACCUCAUCACCCACCACUGCCACCACUGCCACCACUACUGGAGGUGGUGUGGAUAUUGCGACCGUAGCAUUGACACCAACGAAUCCUUCCACUUCAUCAGCAAAUACCUCCUCCGUCUUCCAUGAAGAAGAAGAAGACCAAUUGUUAGCAACUCAACUUGCCAUGAAAGAACAACAACUUCCCAACCCACAUGAGAAGCAAUCCAUCAUGACUCAUCCAGAACAACAUGAUGGCAACCAAACAACAACAACUAGUUCCAUUGUAUCCCAUGAGGAUGUGAAUGUUCAAGUAAAGCAUCACUCAACCACCACCACCACCAUCAGCACAGAAGAAAACAUUCAGCAGGAGGUGAUCACCCGAACGAAUCAUGACGAGAAUCAUCAUGACAAUGAGAAAACAACUCAAGUCGUUUCACCACCACCCUCAUCAUCACCCUCACCACAAACCAACAACACCAGCAACAACAACAACUCCAAUAAUGAAAUGAACAUUUCUGCCAUCUCUCAACAACAACAACAAACGGAUGUCUUGUCCUCUGCACACAACACCACCACCACAACAAUUCCAAUUAUGGACCCAUUCAACACCUCAGAAGAACAAUCAACAAUUACCAAAAAAAAGUCUUCCUUUCCACCUGCUCCAAAAGCCACUCAUGACAAUAAUUUGUCAGUAUUCAAAUCGCUCAAAAAUUACUUUUUGGCAUUAAUUUAUGCUUCAAAAGCUCAGCGUCAGGAACGAAAAAAUUCACUUGUCAAAGCAUUGGAAUUAUUUGAAAAGGCAACUAGUCACAUGCUAAUGACCAAUAAUAAUGCCUUUGAUGUGAGUGUGUUGUAUUUUAAUAUUGGAAUUGUUUGGGAGAAGAUGUACAUUGAAAAAGUUCAACAAAUGUUAAAUUCAAGUCAAGUAUUUGGAACAAACAGUAAGCCAAGUAACAUGACUUCGAGAAAUGAUCCCUUAGUGUCACGUGACAUGACUUCACAAUCACUCUCAGGACAACAUAAAGUUGAGCAUUUGAUUCAUGAGAGUGAGAAUGGUGAAUCGAAUGCAAAAUCCUUGUCAUCUUCGACGAGUACUGGAAAUGCUGCAAACAGUGAAAAACCAAAUAACAGUGAAAAACAAAAUGCUUCAACAGAGAUGAAUUCACACUCAUUAUUACUCAAUCAUCGACCUUCCAUUGUUAGAGAUUUCGAAAUGGAUGACUUUAAAGGACGAAGAACCACUGUUUCAAGUGCUGGAGCACAUUUGACUAAUGUCAGUGCUGAAGACAUUCUUGCACAUUUAGAAUCUGACAUGGAGAUGGAUAUUUUCAUGGAACAUGAACAUCAAUUGACAAGUUUCUACACGGCCGAUGAUUCCAAUGUCACACAAAUGGAACGAAAGAAUGCCAUUAAGAAUAUUUUCACCUAUUACGGAAAGAGUUUGAGAUUGAAUCCAACCAAUUUGGAAGCCUAUUUCCAAUUGGCAGGUCUUUAUCAACGCGUUGGAAUGUAUUAUCAUGCCAUUGCUUUGUAUGAAAAAACUUUGGAAAUUGAUGAAACAUUUGCUGAAGGAUACAAUAGUUUAGGUGUUUGUUUAUUUAACAUGGGACAACUCGAUAAGGCCACUUAUUACUAUAGUAAGGCAUUGAAACAUGACUUGAAAAAUCCAGUGAUUUUUGCCAAUUUAGGUGAAGUGUUGUACGAACGAGGAAAAUAUGCAGAAGCUCUCAACAUGUUUUCACGUGCUUUUUAUUUAGCUCCUGCCUUUGGUUCACUCUAUUGCUAUUUUGGAUUAUAUUAUUACGAACAAGAAAAAUCAAAAGAAAAAGCAUUACAAAUGUUUGAAAAGGCAUUGGAAUUGUCACCUCAAUCCCCCGAUGUGUAUUUCUAUUUUGGAAGAUUUUGGUUUGAAAAUUCAGACCACGACAAGGCAUUGCAAUAUUUUGAUAAGGCAAGUUGUUUGGCUCCACCCAAUCGACAAAUGUAUUACUAUCGAGGAUUAGUGUUGGAAAAGGGUGAUCGAAACAAAGCAAUUGCCAUGUUGGAAAAGGCAGUGGCGUUGGCACCUUCCAUUCAUGUGUAUCGAGAGACUUUGGAUCGAGUGGUGAAUAAUGGUGGUGGCGGUGUUGCAUCAGUACCAACAACCACACAAACAACCACACAAACUGUGUAA